ACCACCUUUGCUACACAAUUUUCUUCCACAAACAAUAAAUUCAUCAUUAUAUUACAAGACACAAGUACCCAAUAAACCAAAGUUUGAGCAUCCAAAGAAAAACUACCUAAGAAAAAAUGGCUUCAUACUCAGGUCCAAAUUCUGAGCCCUCAUUCCCUUUGCAUCUAUGCUUCUUCCUUCUAACCCUAUUCAUGUUCCUUGGGUUUUCAUGGUACCUAAACUAUGAACCAAUAAUGGAGAGCUUGAUGGACCAAGUGAAGCUUGUUCUAAUGGUCUCCCCACUGGUGCUGCUUCUUGUGCUUCACUUGGUUACGAAUUACGGCGACGGAGGGUUGUUGUCGUCGGUGAUUCCAUUGCCGGAGAGGGAUUCACUCCACAGAGCAGGUGGAACUCCUUGGGGUGUUGGGUUAGUUCUUGUGCUUCUUUUGUUUAUGGUUUCUUACCAAUCUUCCUUCCAAGAGCGUUGGUUUCCUCUACUAAGCAGGCUAUGGAGAACAUUUCUGGCAGAUCUGGUCAUUCAAAUGCUUGGAACAGAUUAUGCUAGACUCUUGCAUAUUAACUUUGCUAUAUCCUGGAUUUAUCUACUUCUCCAACUUGAUUUGAUUUGCUAAAUAUGUUGUGCUUAUUUGCUGAUUUAUUACUUCCUUUUGCAAAUUUACACUUCCCUUUGCUGAUUUGCUAAAUACAUUAGAGGACUGAUUUGCAGUAGUCUAUGUGUGUGUAUUCCAUAGAAUCUCCAUGCAGAACUAUUCAAAAUUAGUAGUUAAAUUAAAGGAUUCCAUGAAGCAUUCCUCCUUCACUUGGAUUGAACCAUGUAUCAAAGGAUAUGGAAGAAGACAUGAUGUGAUGAA